AUGGAGGACAGAGAGCUCACAGCUGAGGAGUGGGCACUCAGAAGGAACUUGAAGGCAAAGCUGCUAGGAAUUGCCACCAUUGAGAGGAUUAGAUGGAAGCAGAGACAUAGAGAAACAAAUGAUCACAAUGAGAAGGCGGCUAUUCUCCUGGACCACUUCAAAAACAUCCUAGUAACUGCGACCCCUCCAACCUCCAACUUAAACUGGGACUGCCUGGGAAUUCAACGGGCAAAUCUGCAGCACCUGGAAGAGCAAUUCACUGACGAUGAGAUCAAGCGUGCAGUUUUCGAGGCCCACGUUGAGAAGGCUCCUGGCCCCGACGGCUUCACUGGAGGCUUUUUCAAGAGGUUUUGGCUGCUUGUUAAGCAUGAUCUGCUUCGGGUCUUCAACAACCUUUUCAUCCUAAAAGGGGACCAAUGGAAGAUUCUAAACUCUGCAAACUUGGUGCUUAUACCUAAGAAAGAGGGUGCCGCCACGCCUUCGGAUUAUAGGCCGAUCAGCUUGAUGCAUAGUGUGGCCAAAAUCAUCUGCAAAAAUGUCAUCAAGGAUGCACAUCAAAAGAAGAAGAGCCUGCUUUUCCUCAAGCUUGACUUUGCAAAGGCUUCUGACUCGAUUGGUUGGGGAUAUCUGCUACAGGUCAUGGAGAACUAUGGCUUUGGACAGAAAUGGAGGGAUAUGGUCUGCAUCUUGCUCGCCUCGGCCUCCUCACGCUACGAGCGAGUUUCUAUGCUGACGACGCUGCCUUGUUCAUUCAACCGAACAUCUCAGACCUGUGGGCAGUGCCUCAAGCUCUUUGCUAACGCCUCGGGACUGAAGAUCAACCCUACAAAAUGUGUGGCUUACCCAGUCAGAUGUGAUAACCCUGAUCUUGUUUCCCUUCUGGAGGAUUUCAGAGGCUCUUUGGGAUCCCUCCCAUGCAGAUACCUAGGAUUGCCACUCUCGCUUCGAAAACCAAGAAGAAUUGAGAUACAACCUCUGUUGGAUAAGCUUGCCGCAUGCCUCCGACCUUGGAAAGGAAGAUUUUUCACGCGACCAGGCAGAUUGCUCCUCAUCAACUCUGUUCUUACCUCUACUCUCACCUACUACCUUACUGCUUUUGCUUUGGACAAGUGGGCUGAGAAACAGAUUGACAAACUGCGCCGGAAAUUCCUAUGGAACGUCGAUGAUGAGGCUUAUGGUGGAAAGUGCCUGGUUAAUUGGAAGCGGAUUUGUGCUCCAAAGACUGUUGGCGGGCUGGGCAUCAAAGAUCUGACUGCCUACAGUAGGGCCCUUCGCAUGCGUUGGCCAUGGUACGAAUGGGACAACAUUGAUAGGCCGUGGAAGGGCACACCCACGCUGUGUGAUGCCUCUGAUCGUCAACUUUUUGCUGCCUGCACUGCAAUCAAAAUUGGUAAUGGAAGAAAAGCGAGUAUCUGGACUGACAGGUGGUUACAUGGGAUGGCACCAAUGGACAUUGCACCUGAUCUGUACAAGCUAUCCAGAAUGAAAAAUAAUCUGUGUCCGAGAUGGAUUAAACAGCAAUCAAUGGAUGACUGGCUUGCACAGGAUCAAUUCUGCCGAAUCUCUGGACUCGUUGCUAAACAUCUUGACGGCCCUGCAGCAGAUUACCCUCUCUGA